AUGCAGGAUGUAGGUUGCGGGAUUUGGGAUGCGGGAUUUGGGAUGCGGAUGCUGGAUGCUGGAUGCCCUUCCCGGGGGAGUACCCGCGGCGGCUGCGGCGACCGCUGGGGGGCGCCCGAGCUCCACGCGUGGUCCCGGCCCCAAUCCCGGCCCCAAUUCCGAGCCCUCUCCCUACCCCAAUCCCGGCCCCGUUCCCGAUCCCGCUCCCUACCCAAUCCUGGCCCCGCUCCCGGCCCCUCUCCCGACCUCAAUCCCGGCCCCAAUGCCGGUCCCGCUCCCGACCCUGCUUCCGGCCCCGCUCCCGGCCCCAAUCCCGGCCCCGGCCCGUGGCGCCUUCCCCCGGACCGGAGCGCUGCCAGCGCUGGGCCCGGCCCACCGAGCGGGGCUAGACGAUGCUCCGCGGGAAGCAGGGACAGGACCCCCGCCUUCAAACACCCUGCAAAGCCCAGCGCUGCCUGUCCCCCGUCAGCCCCGGCCCUGGGGACAGUCGGUCCCCAGCCACACCAGCGGCGGAGUCGUUUAUCAGAAGCAGUGGGAAGCCGUCUCGCCCCUUUGUGCAUCUUGCGGGAUUUCUCCUCGCACAGGCAAUUGGCAAAGGCCCAGGGACACACGGGCCGGUACAGCUCAGCCCGGCCGGGCGGGACGUUGCGAGACGGCCGGGAGAGCCGCAGCGGGGCGGGAGCGGAGCCCGGCGCUGGGACGGCCCGCACGGCCCCGGCGCUGCCGGAGCAGUCACGGGGCUCCCGGGCGGCCCCCACGCCCUGCAUCCCCACCCGCGGAGGGAGGCAGAGCUCCUGCUCCGGGCCGGCAGCGGCUCUGCCCGGCAGGGGCACGGAGGGGGCCAGGCAGGCACGGGCUAAAACCGCGGUCUCCCUGGGGCGAAGGGGUCCCGGGACCCCCUCCCCAGCCGGGGAGCAGCGCCCGCCGCCGACCCGCCGCUCCUCCCGGCAACGCCGGCACAGCUUCGGCGGCUCUGCUGCCGCUGUCCUUGCCUCAUGCCUCUCUCCCUUUGCCCGCCGACGGAAGGGCAGGAUCCGACGCCUGCGUCCCGCGGGGAUGCCCGGGUCAGGCGGCGCUGGCACCGGGCCGCUGCGGAGCCGGGCUUGCGGGGAAGGGGCUCCGCGCCGGCACGGGCGGCCUUCCCGGCCCCGAGGGCCCUGCGCGAAAUCCCGGUUUACUCGGGGCACUUGGCCGAGUUUCGGAGGUAUUUACAGGGAGUUUGCAGGAAGAGAUAAACGCUUCGAAGGAAGAGACCCGCAGCUUGGGCCAGGCCACCGGCCGAGGCCGACUGCGGCAUUUAAAGCAAGAGAGGCAGCCCGGGUCGCGUCCCUUCCGAAACGCACAAUAAAUAGACACCCGCCCGCAGGAGCAGGGGAGGUGGGAGAGCCACGAUUCCCAAGAAAAACCCCAACGCCCAGGCUCCGUUCUGGACGCAGCAGAAGGCCGUCGCUGCCCCGUCCACCGCCAAAAACCCUCGGGCAGUUUCCUUCUUUCCUCACCCCCCGCUCCCUGCUCCGCAAGGCGCUGCCCAGGCUCGGGCUGGGGGGGAUCCCCCAUGCCCGCCACCCUCCCCCACCCCAUCGCCCACCGGAGGCCGUCGCCAGCCUUCCCCGGCCGGGUCAGCAUUCCCUCUGUCCCCCAGACCGACGGCACAGCAACAAAGAACCACCAAACCUCCGACAACGCGGCUUGGGACAACCCCGAGGCCUAGGGCCGCCCGGCAGGCAGGGUGGGCAGCCGGGGGAGAGGGUUUUCCCCCAUCGGAUCAGCCGGAGGGCAGGAAGCAGCCCCAGGCUGCCGGUCCGAGGCCGAGGGCAGGAGGCCGGGAAGGCGCAGGCAGCCGGGACCGUCCCGCCCUACCCCCGCGGCCCGGCGACGGCCAGAAGCGCGCUCGGAAGUCGGAGCAUGGAGAGGGGACACGGGGGGAGCCCCGAACUGCCGCCAACAAAGCCCGACGGAGCGACACCGCGGCCUCUGCCCCCACCGGGGCUCUCACAAGCUGCCCAGCCCGAGAGUAACCCCUGGCCGGACACCAUCCCGGCCUGCCCCGCAGCCUGGGGAAUUUGUAGGAUGAUUUCGCCUUCCUCCGCCUCUCUCUUUCCAAUCCCCGGCCCCCACUGCCCACUCUCAAGAAAGACGGCGCAGCUGGGCGGCGGCGGGAGCUCCCCGGGUCGGGCAGCACCGACUACUGCCUCUCGCCCCUGCGGGGCUGGAGACACUGGGGAUGACAAUCAAGACUGA